UACGUUAUUGUGAAGUUGAGAGUGACCUGAGCUGACCUGGAUCAGUCUGCACCAGAUGUGCCAUGGCUACAGCCCAGGUGCACCACGGCGGCCGCUUGUCUCACCUGUACGGACCUAACAGGAGAGACCCCGCCGUCAAACUACAGAAGGUUCUACAGGCAGACAACGUGCUGAGUAAGGACGGGCCGUUUAGUAAGUGCCGCACCAGAUGGAGCACCACCUACAGCGCCGACUACUGGAACUUUCUACUACGGUGGAGCAUUCACCCGACAUGGACAUCACAUAAACAGAACGCCACCAACUUGCGUCUGGACCGCCAUGAUCGUGACGUCAGCACGAAGAACCAGUCCCUAGUUCAGGAGUCCUACACUGACAAGGGUCCAUACCAGCCGCACUAUGCCAGGGAGGACAGGACAUGUAACAUACCGGACUUUAACAAGGACUUCCGCUCCAAAGAAGAAGACGGCAACAACACGACAUACGCCAAAGCUCACAGCGCAAAGAUCCUAGAGCGUUUUCAAAAGACACACAAAGGCCUUUACGGAGAACAACUGCGGCGGCGCCAACAGACGACAGCGUACCUUCUCAAGACCCACUUUAAUCUUGGACUCGAUAGCGACAGUCAUUUCAACACCGAGACGGAAGCAUCUUAUCAAACGUCCGCCAAGCAACGUCGUCGGGGGAAGUCAGCUCGGGCAAAGUCGGCCCGUCGCACCGGCGGGACAGCGCCAGAGCGCAGCGCUACCAACCUCACCACAACCGGGGAGACCAACAAACAGUCGUCGGGAGAGGGGAAGAAGAAACAAAGGCGCCGUUCCAGCGCGCGCGUUCGGAGCGCCAGGCGACUUAAACCCGUCCAUCCGGCAGGCAUCGUCACUAAGGUGUUCAAGGACUACAGUCAUGUCAUACCCAAGCCGAGGGAUGACACCUGCGCAGUGCCGGAUCGCUCAUGCAGUCCCGUCAUGCAGCUGAGGAGCGCCAUGAGGACAGAAGCCUGCAGACUCUCCCGCCUCCCGCCCGACCCUAACUCCACAGACCUGCUCAAGGUGUUCAGACAGUACGACAAAGAUGGAUCUGGUUUUCUAACUCGAGCCGACCUCCUGAAGGCGUGCGUCCAGCUGUUUGGGCGGGCGUUCACGGAGGAAGACCUGGGAAGACUGUUAUGGGACGAUUGCGUCACCGAAGCCGGGACUAUUGACUACGUCCUGUUCCUAACGCACCUUACAGCGUUGUGGUCUCGGCUGAAGCCGGACGGCACGUACGUGAGUCUACAGCGGGCGGACUACCGGCCACUCGGCGGGGAGGAGCGGCGAGACACGGAGGUGGACAGGAUGGUGUGUAAGUUUGACCGCUUCAGGAACAAGUCGGACAGCCUGCGCCGGCAGUGGAGACCCAGCCAACCCGACGCGGCCCAGGAGAGUGACUUCGUUCUUGGCUACAACAGAGACCACAUUCUGUCGCUGUACGGCAAAGACUUCCCAAAGUUCCGUGCGCGGGACAUGUCAGGUUGCCAGCAUUCACACGCUCCCCCGGACGCCCAGAUGUGGGACGUGAUGCACCGCCAGCCGGGCCUGGGGCUCAGCACCACGAGUUACGAUAACACCAUACGGGGCUGGCUCACGCCAAGGGUGGCCAGCGAAAAGCUCCAGAAGAAGCGAGACUUCAGAAAUAAGAUGAAGGAUCUCAUGGACACCUCGAGUGUAGGGAUGGGCAGUGGCAAGGACGACAACGCUGACGAUCUGAAGCGGUCCAUUAUGGGAGCGGAUUACAAGACACCCCCGCCCGAGUUCAUGGUAUCGCCUGUCGGUCCACCGGUCUCUAAGUAUCCGUUUCUAGACUUUAACUACCGACAAGGGGACAAGAACUACAUGUCUUCUGAACAUCACGGGUCUUACCAGCCGGCACCUACAGAGGAGUAUACGGUAGAGAAGUUGCAACAGCGCCAUGAUUUGGUUAGCGGCCGUGUGGAGGACUGCAGGAAGACGCACUUCGAGCUGUGGUCUGGAUCAUCGCCGGGGGAUCAGCCCGGCACCGUGGCGAGCUCCUCCUACUCCUGGCCAACCGAGAACGGUAGCGAAGCGCCCGCUGGAUGCGUUACCUUGCCUUCCAGGGAACGGGACCCUCUCCACGCUGUGCUGAAGAAAGCGAUCCUCCCUGCUGACCCUGCAGUCACUGGCAGGCUGGACAAGGAGACACUGCAGCGCAUAUGCAAAUCGCUAGGAGUCGCUACUGACACGGAGAACUUUCAGACUAUCAUGAAAGAGUGCCAAGUGGGUGAGAAGGGACUCAUUGACUACAAUGAGUUCAUCUGGCGACUGGUAGCUGUACCGAAAGAUAAGGUUCGCCAGGGGGCGCCUCCAGCUGCCUCCACCAUGCAGGUCGACUACACACCCUUGGAGCAAAGGAGGUUGACUUCGGCCCAAAAGCGCACUGUUCAGAAGGUGGCUAAGCUACAGAAGCCGGUACCCUCCCAUCUGUUCCACACAGACCCUGAUGUGGGUCCAUUCCUGUCCACCACUGCCCGAGACUUCACCACGCCAGGGAAGGCGCAAGGUUCCAACCAAUCACAGCAAUAGGACAAGUAGUUGGAAUAAUUAUAUAGGUGUAUCAAACUCACUGCUCACUACUCCCAGAAUGUCUCAGACUUUACUUUAAGGAGAACAAGGAAGAACUGCAUUUAAAACCACCAACAGUGUGUUAUCUUUUUUGUAAUAGUAACUACCAUGCAACUGUGUUUUAGUUGUCUCCAACUUUAAAUUCUUUUACAUCUCAAUUAUUGUUUGGGAAACUGAGAAAGUUUGCUGCUGUAGACUAGGAUAGCUACAACUUAUCAUGCAAUUAUCUGAAAUUUAAAACGAAGACAGGAACUCUAUGUGAAAAUGAUAUAUUUGGUCAUAGAAAGUAUAUGAGCACAGUACUAGUACCAGAUGUACAUGACGUUGAAUAACGUAUUUUUACCACGAUAGUAAAGUUUUGUAGAGCUGCUGUUGAAAGAUUGUGCAAUUCCUUAGUUGCAACUAAUACACUGGGACCUGGUACUACAUUGUAAGUAGCAUACAAUAAUGCAACCAUAAAUACAGUGAAAUUGCCGAGAAAUUGUUUACAAUUUUACCAGUACACAUGUACAAUCAUAAGGUGACAUUACAAUGAUAAAGUGCAAGGUACCAAAAUCUGUAUUAUACGAGGUUUACAAAUUUUCCAGUGUAUCAUACUUAUAAAUGUAUUAAAAUCUGUCAAGAUGUACAACUGUCUAACGUAUGUUGUAUUAUGUUUAAGUAUUCGGAAAGACAAUUGUUUCAAUAUGUAGAAUAAUGAAAGUUUUAUUUGUCCUGAACAAUUGCUGUUGUUGGGGAAAGUUCUGAUGUAAAAUCUCUUGCAACACAACUGAGAACAUACAUUUAGAAGUUAAGGAUAACUUAAAGAUACAUAAGAUACAACUGUUUUCCCCCACUCCACUAUAUAUAACUUAUUUGAGACACAGCAUUAGUUCACCAUUGUCUGUAGAUACAAUGUAGUAAAGCUGCUUUUGCAGAGCAUCACACCAUCACCAGCACAAAAUAUAGGCAUCUGAGGUAGUAAAAUAUACAGUACAUAUCAAACAAUAAUGUACUUACAUUUGUACAUCAUAUUUAUAAAUAUUUCCACAGGAGACAUCAUUAGUCGAUACUAUUAGGAUCUAUACAGCUUCCUUAACACAGAUUAUUCAAUUCAUGAUAAUCUUUAUACAAGACAAGCGAGUUGAUGCCAUACAAGUUCACUUUAAAAUUCUUAUUUUUCUAUUAAGAAAAUUGACUUGUGGAUAGAAUUUGCACAAAUGCUUUAUACCAUACAUAAUAUAUUUUGUUUAGUUCUCCUUAUUGCCAAAAUUGAAGGAUUAAAUUCAGUAGGCUUCUUAGCACCAACUCUGCAGGGCAAAGAAGAUUGAGAACAAGAACAUGAACAUGUUAGAAAAUCAUCAAUAUUCAUCAAUACAAACCUAGUUUACAGGAAAAAAAAACUACCGGUAUGUAGGCCAGUACCGGUAGUGGUAGCAACACUGUUACCAUGAUUUUUACAAAUACAUGAUUGUGAACAUUUCAUAUAAAACUAUGACUCUAAGUCCUUGAUCAAUCUACACAGUACUGCAUAUAUCACAGGACUCACAAAGCUACAGGAACAUACAAAAUAAAUGCCAUACAACUGCAGGACCAGACCACUGACAAUACAGGGUGAAACAUUUCCACUUCAUGUACAGACAUACAUGUAAUGGCAAGAUAAGUAGGAAAGCACAGAACACAACACUUAUAAGUCCAAAAGAGUAAAUUUUAGGUUAUUAAAAUCUGCACAGUUCAUUUACUGUACUUCAAGAGAAAGAUGAGAUGAUAAGAAGAGUAUGAAACGGAUCUCUAAACACAUUUUCCCGUUGGCAUUAUUAUCACUAUAAUUUUUGAAAUUGCUGAUCCAAUAAAAUAAU